AUGUCAGGCCUCGAGGUGCUCGGCGGCAUCAGUGCAGUGAUUGCGAUCAUUGACGGCUCGGUCAAGGUCUGGGAGAGUGCACGUAAAGACCUCAAGUUCAGCGCGACCUUCGAAACUGUGGGUAAUCGACUACCCAUUCUACGAGACAUCCUCCAAACCUGCCUCGAGCAGUUCGAGCCGAUCAAAACAUCCUUACCCGCCGAUGCUGCCCAUGGUCUGGUGAAGACUGUCAACAAUUGCAAGAGGAGGGCUGAAUCACUGGGAACCAUCUUCCAAGAAACGAUCCCAGGCGAGGAUGACCAGUGGUAUGAGCGGUAUCGCAAGGUGGCUCGGCGACUGGGCAAGGGGAGCAAAGUCGAAGAGUUGAUGAGGGCAAUCACAGAGGAUGCACAGAAUCUGGUUAACUACCACGCAGUGAAGUCAGCAAGCCCAACGUUAUACACCAAGCUCAAAGAGAUUUCCGACGAGAUGGCUUCACUGGAGCCAUCAUUACCUGUGGAUGAAGCCGAUACACAAACCUUUCACAACUAUGAUGGUACGCAGAUUGUUAGUACCGGCAGCAGCACGCAACACAACAACAUCAAUCUAAGUAGCGGCACGAUGUACAGUUUUGCAAGUAUCACAGGCAACCCUGUCUUCGGUCCAGUUUUUGUUAAACGGCCUGAAACUCCACCUUCGCCAUCGUCAACAGUGCCUUUCCGUCGCGACGACGAUUUUGUCGACCGCGGGACGUCAGAUGACAAUAGGACUCUACUGGAACGCAUCGAACAACAAUGUAGACCUGCGGCGUCAAGAGUCGCGCUUGUGGGGAUCGGUGGAGCCGGUAAGUCCCAGCUCGGCAUUGAAUAUUGCCAUCGCCUCCGCGAACGGUCCCCUCAAACGUGGGUGUUUUGGAUCCAUGCAAGCAAUGCCGACCGAAUCGAGCAGGGAUACCGUGAGAUAGCGGAAGGAAUGAAAAUUCCCGGCCGCAAUGAUCCGAAACAAAACAUAUUUGAGUUGGUGGCAAGAUGGCUGCGGGACGAGUCCAAGGGGACAUGGGUGUUAGUUCUGGACAACUUAGACAAAGACGAUGUCCUUUCGAUCCCUCAAGCAGCCACACCAGGGGCGCAGUUUGGUGAUAGAGAUGAUCAGCUUAGACGACCGUUGUCAGCAUAUCUUCCACAAAGCCAGAACGGGGCAAUCUUGAUUACGACGCGAAUGAGAAGCAUGGCAACAAAGAUUGUUGAGCCCCGAGAUGUGAUCGUGGUUGAUCCGAUGACUGACAUGGAUGCGAUAACACUCUUGAAGAAGAAGCUAGACACACCCUUUGAUGAUGGUGACUUACAAGAGCUAGCAUAUAUACUAGAGUAUAUGCCGUUAGCGAUUGUGCAAGCGGCAGCAUAUAUCCGACAAAGAGGAGCGAGGUAUAGUGUCCAACAAUAUAUCAAAGCAUUUCAGCGAAAUGAGAAAAAAAAGACAAGUCUUCUCAACUAUGAAGCGGGUCAUCUUCGGCGAGAUCCGGAAGCGAAGAAUUCCAUCAUCAUUACAUGGCAGAUAUCGUUUGAUGAUAUCCGAGAGAAGUGGCCAUUAUCGGCUGACCUACUGUCGUUGAUGUGCUAUUUCGACCGGCAGGGCAUCCCUCAGGAAGUCUUGAGGGUCCAACCACAAGAAGAAGAGAUCCAGAAAAUGUUGAGGCUGAAUGACGAUAAUGUCGAAGACAACGAGAAUAACGAAGGUGAGGACAUUAAAGAUGAUGGUACAUCCAAGACGAGUAAUGAUGACAUGUUUGAAGAGGCUGUAGACCAGCUUAUGAGCUACUCAUUUGUGUCUCUUGGAAAGGAUAAGACGUCCUUCGAAAUGCAUGGACUUGUCCAGCUAGCGACACGAAAGUGGCUCGCGAUGCAUAAAGAGGAUGAGAAAUGGAAGGCACAGUUUAAUAGGAACCUUAACGCGGUGCUUCCAAAUGGCAAUUACGAGAACUGGGGCCGGUGCGAGAUGUUCUUUCCACAUGCAAAGUCGGCCGAGAGGCAUCAACCAACGGAUAACAGAUCAGGGCAAGAAUGGGCCCAGAUAUUACAGAAGGCGGCAUGGUAUGCAGAGGCCAGAGGAGAUUAUCGUGAAGCCGAGAGGAUGUGUGACAAGUCAGUUAAAGCGCUACAGAAAAUACUUGGUGGAGAGAAUGUCGAGACAUCGUAUAGUUUAGGAACACUAGCAUCAAUAUACUGGAAUCAAGGACGUUGGAAGAAGGCGGAGGAGUUGCAGGUGCAGGUGAUAGAGACGACGAAGAGAGUGCUGGGACAAGAACACCCACACACGCUGACCAGCAUAGGUAACCUUGCAGUGAUAUACGGGGAUCAAGGACGCUGGAAGGAGGCGGAGGAGCUGCAGGUACAGGUGAUGGAGACGACGAAGAGAGUGCUGGGACAGGAACACCCACACACGCUAAACAGCAUAGACCACCUGGCAUCGACAUACGGGAAUCAAGGACGCUGGAAAGAGGCAGAGGAGCUGCAGGUACAGGUGAUGGAGACGACGAAGAGAGUGCUGGGACAGGAACACCCACACACGCUGAACAGCAUAGACAACCUGGCAUUGAAAUACAGGGAUCAAGGACGCUGGAAAGAGGCGGAGGAGCUGCAGGUGCAGGUGAUGGAGACGACGAAGAGAGUGCUGGGACAGGAACACCCACACACGCUGAACAGCAUAGACAACCUGGCAUUGAAAUAUACAUUGAGCAGCAUGCGCAACCUUACAUUGACAUACGGGGAUCAAGGACGCUGGAAAGAGGCGGAGGAGCUGCAGGUGCAGGUGAUGGAGACGACGAAGAGAGUGCUGGGACAGGAACACCCACACACGCUAACUAGCAUACACAAUCUGGCAUUGACAUACGGGAAUCAAGGACGCUGGAAGGAGGCGGAGGAGCUGCAGAUGCAGGUGAUAGAGACGAGGAAGAGAAUGCUGGGACAGAAACACCCAGACACGCUGAGCAGCAUGUACAACCUGGCAUUGACAUACGGGGAUCAAGGACGCUGGAAAGAGGCGGAGGAGCUGCAGGUGCAGGUGAUGGAGACGAGAAAGAGAGUGCUAAGACAGGAACACCCAGACACGCUGAGGAGCAUGCACAACCUGGCAUUAAUAUACAGGAAUCAAGGACGCUGGAAAGAGGCAGAGGAGCUGCAGGUACAGGUGGUGGAGACGACGAAGAGAGUGCUAGGACAAGAACACCUACACACGCUGACCAGCAUAGGUAACCUUGCAUUGACAUACGGGGAUCAAGGACGCUGGAAAGAGGCGGAGGAGCUGCAGGUGCAGGUGAUGGAGACGAGGAAGAGAGUGCUGGGACAGGAACACCCAGACACGCUGAGCAGCAUGCAUAACCUAGCAUUUACUAUGAAGGAGCAGGGUAGAAACUGGGAGGCCAUCAAACUCAUGGCGGAAUGCGUCCAAUUGCGUAACCAGGUCCUUCAUGCUGAGCAUCCUGAUACGCUUUCUUCUGCUGCAAUGUUGGCCGAGUGGCAAAGGUUCGAAUGA